AGCCGCGCGGGGCCGGGCGUGCGCGCGCGACGCCGACGGCCUCACUCUACAGGACGUGGCUCGCGCCCAGGCCGAGGCGGUCGCUCCCGAGGGUGUCGAGGGCGUGGCGGCUAGGCUCUGGGCAGCGGGCACCUAGCAGACUGUACCCCGGCGGCCGCCCGCGGCGUCUCCCCAAGCGCGGCCCCUCGCGGCGCCCCGUCUCCCGCGUAGCCCGUCCGGCCGUCCCGGCCUCUCCUUGCCUGCCUGCCUGCGGCGGCCACGCGAGCAGUAGAUGCCUGGUAGACAUCUUAGAACUUUAAGAACGGAAAAGACCUGCUUUUAGGGGAUAAUGCUGAGGGACACUAUGAAAUCUUGGAAUGAUAGCCAGUCAGAUCUCUGUAGCAGUGACCAAGAAGAAGAAGAAGAGAUGAUUUUUGGUGAAAAUGAAGAUGAUUUGGAAGAAAUGAUGGAUUUAAGUGAUCUGCCUACCUCACUUUUUGCUUGCAGUGUCCAUGAAGCUGUGUUUGAGGUGCCAGAGCAGAAGGAGAGAUUUGAAGCACUUUUCACCAUCUAUGAUGACCAAGUUACGUUUCAGCUGUUUAAAAGCUUUAGAAGAGUCCGAAUAAAUUUCAGCAAACCUGAAGCAGCAGCACGGGCUCGAAUAGAACUCCACGAGACCGACUUCAACGGGAAGAAGCUGAAGCUGUAUUUCGCACAGGUACAGAUGUCCAGCGAAACACAGGACAAAUCGUAUUUACUGCCCCCGCAGCCGGUCAAACAGUUCCUCAUCUCCCCUCCUGCAUCGCCUCCAGUGGGGUGGAAGCAGGGGGAAGACGCGAUGCCUGUUAUAAAUUAUGAUUUACUCUGUGCUGUUUCCAAAUUGGGACCAGGAGAGAAAUACGAACUUCACGCGGGAACCGAGUCAACACCGAGCGUGGUGGUUCAUGUCUGUGAAAGUGAAACUGAAGAGGAAGAGGAAACAAAAAAUCCCAAACAGAAAAUCACCCAGACAAGGCGCCCUGAACCCCUGACUGCAGCACCGAGCAAGCCCCGGGCCUUCGACUGCACACUGUGAGGCUUUGGUUGUGGGGCGAGGCUGCUGCCACCUGGGCUGGGGUGGCGGGGACAUGCCUGCCCGUGACCGUGACCGCUGCUCAGCCGAGGCGAGGACAGGAGGGAACAGAGCGCCUGCCCUGGGGACAGGGGAGUACAGAGUAGCAGCCGGGUUUACCUGUUCAAAAUUUUAACUGAUGCUCUGAGCAGCACGUUAAAUGAAAGGAUUAGCCCCCAACGUGUGGCAACUCUUGACCAUUUUUAACAAUAGCAAAUUAGGAGAAUGGCUCCCUCCAGCAACGUUGAUUUCCCUGCUUCCGUGUAGCAUGGGGUACCCCAAAAUGAAAACUCUAGUCACUGAGUGCAGUACCAUUUUUAAGAACUUAAAAAUAGUCUUACAAUUUUAAUAAUGUAGUACGGGGUUUUUUUGUAAUGGUCUAUUGGCUUCCAACUAAUCUAUUGGUCAAAGGUUAAUUGCUCUUCAAUAUACAUGGAAUUUUUUGCACAGAAAGAAACCUGACAUGGAGAAUAAUUCAUAGAAAAUCAUUUUUCUCAAGUGUUUUUUCCUUAACUUUGGGGAAGAAAUGCCCAAUUCCCUUUGACUGUCAGAAUCAAGGGGUCCAAAUCUAUAUGCACAUUGUCCUCAUCCCGAAAGUGAUACACAGACCCCAGUUUCUGAUGUGCCAUCCCUCCUGGACACACAGAGCUGUUGCUUUGGAAGGCAGGACGUGUCCCUUGUGAGCUUGAUGACUGUGACCUCAGGUGGCCACUGCACUCUACCAUUUGUGACCAUGUCCUGGCCUGUAGCUCGGACUGUCUUCAACCACCAGUUGAGUUUUUGUUAUGCAUAUUUGUGUGUCAUCAUUCAUAGGCUUUGAAUUAGAAAAGGUCAUGAUAAGAUUUUCCAUUUUUACAUUGUCCAUUUAAACAUUUUUCAGUUUGAUUUGAAAGGAAAGUCACACACAUUUUUUUUCUGUGAAUUAGGGAAAGAUGGGGCAGAUGGAGAUCGUUUUGUUAAUUGGACUUUGUUUUGGGUGAAAUGUUUUUACCCUGGCUGCCAGUUGACAUUUUCCCCUAAAAUAGAAGUGUUUCCUACUUGUGUUUCAGAGUGUAUCGUUGAACCUGCUAAGGUAGGAGCAGACAUCUUCUUAACUCUUUGUGGUCUAUUUGGACUUUGAGGUCCCUUUUGUAGAAAAGCAUCAAAACUAAGAAUGCUUUGCUUCAGGUCAAGUGGCUCUGCUGAAUCUCUGGUCACUCUGAGGUUUUCUUUGUAUGGCAAGUGUCUGGGGUUCCCUGGUGUGUCUGUGCAGGGACGUGUGAGUUUGGACUAAUAAACCAAUAUGACUGCCACAACAAAGAGAGAAAAAUGCAGAAAUUCAGACUGUGCUGUCUAUGCAUUUUUGGUAAUGUGUUUCUGUGGUCUAGAUGUUCUUAUUAUGGUAGAAUUUAGUUCUAAGGACAUAAACUUUAUUGCAAAAAAUAAAAGUUUUCUAUAUUUUCCUUGCCCUCAAAUACUCUGAGAUGAUCAACUCUUCUAUUUGUAUAUAUCCACCACUGGUAAGCCUCAAUGUAAAUUCAGUUGAAACUUGUGAUUCUGUAAACAGUUUAUUAAACUCAUUAUUUGGCAGUUUAACUGGCAGCCACUUAAUAAAUUUACUUUGCAGUUCUAAAUUCAGCAUUUUGUCACUUUUUCAUCUUAUCUGGGUGUACUAACUUAGCAUUGCAGGACAGACCCUAAGUCAGGAAAUGUAUGUAUUUUCAACAUUUGGGAAUUUUUGAAUUUCCUUUUAGAUAAUAUUUAUUUGCUGUAAUUUUCUAAGUGGUCAAAAGUCAUGAUGUUUUAUUGUUUGGCUUGGCUUUCAUGCUCUACCUUCCAAUUAAAGAAUAUUCUAUCCCUAACUUAAAACUGUCUUUUAAAGUCAAACAAUGCAAAUUACCUGAAUAUUUCUUUUUCUCUUUUCUUUCUUUUUUUCCAGUGUUGAAUAAAUUGAAGAAAAACUUAAAC